UCGUCAUAUACACUGUGAGAAAUAGAAGAAGAAAAAAAAAAGACAAUUUGUAAGUGAAAGAAAAUUACUUGUGAGAGAGACAAAAAUUUUUGGAGUUUACUGAGAGAGGCACGCAGUUUUUUUUCUUCUUCUUCUUGAGAAGAAGUUGGAGAGAAAAAAAGCCACAAAAGUUUUGCGCUACACCGAAGAUAAUGUGGAUGUGUGAGUGCAAAGAAGUAGAGGUGAUACACAAGAAUAUAAAGUGGAAUAAAAGAGGAAUAAAUUAAUAAUAGAAUCUCUUACUGGAUGGUGUGUUAAAAAAGUACGUCUAGAAAUGUGUGCAAGAUACAAUUAGUGCGAAUAGCCAUAUAUUCUUGAGGCGUUUUUUACUAUAUUUUUUUUUCGUGCUUUAUUUGCUCGCCAUUGGGAGAGUAUGAUGAAAAAAAAUCGAAUUGGGCGGGCAUGUAUGUGUAGUUGUGUUUCAUGUACAAUAAUAAAUAUAUAGCCAAGAGAGAAAAGGAUAUAAAAAAAGUCGUCGUAAAUGUGUGUGUGGCUUUUACGUGAGAUAUUGAAUUUUUAUGAAAAAUGGGAAGGUCUAAAUUCCCUGGCAAACCGUCAAAAUUGGUGAAUAAGAAGCGCAUCAGUGUAUUGGCGGGUAGUGCAAAGAAUGGCAAUUGUGAUACAAGUGCAGAUGAUGAUACGGAUAAUCAGUAUUCGCCAAAUGAUCAGUCACUGUGGAGCAAUCAUCACGACGAACAACCACCAUCGUCACCAAUACAUCUGCACACCAAUGCACACUCACCAGCGCCGUCAUGCAGCUUUCAUGAAGAUGGCGACAAUAUUCAGGCACUGCAUCCGCAUGAGGUAACAUCUCAAGGGAGUGAAUUGAGAAGGAGUGUAAACUGUGAAGAAGGAAAAAGUACAGAAGACGUGACAGAUCGAGUGGGUAUGCAGAAAUCAGAAGUUGCAAGUGAGUCCAGGUCCAAGGACAAACCGGCUGAGAAGUCGUCCAAAAAGAAGACUGUCACAUUCAAGAACGUCCUCGAGACGAGUGACGAUGUUUUGGUGAGAAAGAGCUACAAUCCAGACUUUGCUCCUCCUCUGGUGCCAAUCAUCAAGAAAGAGUCUCUCACACGAAUUGAGAGUAGCAUUGUGCGUCCGUCCCGUUUGACCGAGGUUAUGAAGCAGAAUUCCAACAAUCAGGAUAACCUCAAGACACUCACAUUUCGACUACCAGGUAUAUCAAGUAGCGAUAGUACCUCGGUGGCGGCAGUGAAUGGCAAGGAUGACGGGGAAGUAGAAGUGGAUGAGGAAGAGGAUGAUGAAAGUGAACGGAGAAGUGAAAUUGGCUUGAUGAGGGACAAACGUUUCAUAUUGCCCAAGAGAAGUCUUCACUCCUGUCGUGUUAUUAAACCUAAUAAAAAGUUCCUGGAUAAUAUGGAUGACUGUAGUAGCAAGAAACGCCUUCAGUUGAGCAUAAAGCGGAAAAAUCAAUUGGAUGGUGUAGACAAAAAGAAGAAAGUGCUAAAGGAAGUUACAUUCCAGGAUAGCUUUAUUAAUAGUACACUCUCGUCAAAGAUAUCCAAUAGCAAAUUGGAUACGGAGAAUUGUGGUGAAUCGGAAACAUCACAAACACAAUCGGAAAAUAGUGAUGCUGAAGAGACUGACGAAGAGGAGAGCAAAUUAAAUGGAGACAAGAAGAAUAAGAGGAAUGAACAACAAAGACUAUUUUGUAAAUCGAUUUUCCAUUCAAGUAGCGGAAAACCCGCUAUACCAUCGACACAAAAUAAUGGAAAUAGUUCAGGGAAAGUGAUUUUACGGCAACCACGAUUGCAAUUUAGCACAGCCACGAUAAUAUCAUCCACAAGCUCCAAUUCAACUGCAUCCACAUCAAAUUCAACACAAUCCACCAUGUCAAUGAUGGAGAAAACAUUCUCAUUUAAUCUCAAUGGCAACAGUAUUAAGAAUAGCAUAUCUUCCCAUUCAGUUUCUCUACCAUCGUCUUCAUCCAUUUCAAUGACAUCUACAACUUGUGGCAUCUGUGGAACGGUUUCAUCGUGCAGAUAUGCACAAAAGUGUCGGAAAUUUGGUAUAAAUUCCUGUGAGGCAUGUCGGAAGUUCAUCUCAAAGAUGAUCAAAAAAUUGGCUGCAUCGUCUGGUGUCAAUUGCCAAUCAGGUGGUCCAAUGCAGUGCACAAAAGGCGAUGGGACAUGUACAAUUCAACCGAUGCCACGUGGUGGGCAUCUCAAGACACUGAAGGCAACACUAAAGGAACGAUGUCAUGCCUGUUGGUUGAAACGAUGCAUUAAAUCCUUCCAAGUUCCUUCGGGUUUGAAGGCACGCCUAAUUGCCACAUUACCUGUGACAAUGCGUGAUUUUGAAGCCAAUACAUUGGGUGUUUCAUCCAAAUUCAGUAUUAAGCGUGAGACAGAAAAUCAGAAUAAUAUGAAUAAUAUCUUUUCAAAUCCACCAAAUACUGAACGUAUGUUGGAUAUUGAAUUUAAAACAACCAAAAGUCUCCCCUUUUCCAAUCCACUUGUGGAAAAUAAUGCUACAUUUGGCAGUAGUCCACUUGUUGUGCCCACAAUUAGUGAAAAACCUGUUAUAAUGGUACAUUCGGGUAAUACGGGGGGUGGUAUUGUGGGGGAUAGUGUGAUGACAAAAGCCAAGACGAAUCCUGAAGAAGGGUGCAAACAAGAGAGUGCAAAUAGGAAGUCCAGUGUGAAAAUGAGUAGUAACAAUUCUGUGAUUAAUGUCAGUGGUACAGUCAGUGAGAGUACUGAAGAUAAGACAAAAUUGAGUAGAAAGAAGAAUGAAAUACAGCCCCAGGUGAAUGGUGCUGGGAAUAAAGAUGUGACGGUAUCCAGUGAUGCUUCAGCUCCCAAAAGGCAAAGGAUUGACCUGAAGGGACCAAGAGUGAAGCAUGUCUGUCGAAGUGCAUCGAUAGUUCUUGGUCAGCCUAUUGCCACCUUUCCAAGUGAAUCUCCAUUGGAGAAUCUGGAUACACCGCCAAGGCCAGAUUCACCCCAAAACGAAGUGGUCGAAAUGGCUACAAUUGUCAAUCAACCCAGUGAUAUGUGUACAGACUGUGGAGAUCCUAAUUCCCCGGAUUUGGGUCUAAGUCCACCAGCUACGCCUAUUGAUAGUCCAAAUGAUGAGGCUGAUGCUGUAGUAGCAGUUGUCACGGAGAAACAAACAGAAGCAGAGGAAGAGGUCAAGAAAAAAGGUCUCACGGAUGAAUCUCAGAAACCAACAAGAAAAAUAACAAGGCCUACUUACAAUGUUACAAAUCUGACAAAUCGGGUGACAUCAAUGAAUGCCACAAAACGUAUUCAGCAGCUGACUGCUGUGCAAACCCCAAUGGUAUCCAUAGAUUUCUGGGAGAAUUAUGAUCCAGCUGAAGUGAGUCAGACGGGAUUUGGACUUAUACUGUCGGAGAGUGUACCAUUGCGUGCCAUUUGUUUCCUGUGCGGUAGUGCUGGAUCAGAUCCACUAAUUUUCUGCAUUUGCUGCUGUGAACCCUAUCACAGUUACUGUGUUGAGGAUGAGUAUAACCUCAAGCCAACAUCACUCGAUGACACGGGCAUCAGUAUCUUGGAUACAAGUGGUGGAGGCAAUAAUAGUCAAAGUGUGAGAAAUCGAUUAAACUGGCUCUGUCCACGGUGUACUGUUUGCUAUACAUGCAAUAUGGCCACAGGGAGUAAAGUCAAAUGUCAAAAGUGUCAAAAGAACUACCAUUCAACGUGCCUGGGAACGAGUAAACGUCUCCUUGGGGCCGAUCGACCCCUCAUUUGUGCCAAUUGUCUCAAAUGUAAGAGCUGUAGUACGACAAAUGUGACGAAAUUUGUGGGGAAUCUUCCAAUGUGCACGGCAUGUUUUAAGCUGAGGCAGAAGGGUAACUUCUGUCCACUGUGUCAGAAGUGCUACGAAGACAAUGACUUUGACCUGAAAAUGAUGGAGUGCGGAGAGUGUAAGAGGUGGGUUCAUGCCAAAUGCGAAGGACUCACCGAUGAGCAGUACAAUAUGCUCUCAGUACUUCCUGAGAGUAUAGAAUUCAUUUGCAAAAAGUGCUCCAAAAACAAUCCAAUGGUGGAUAUGUGGCGUGAUGCCGUUGCGGCUGAAUUCAAAUCGGGUCUCCUGAGUGUGGUUAAAAUGCUGAGCAAGAGCAGACCUGCGUGUGCACUGCUUAAACUCAGUCCUAGAAAGAAAUCCAAUAUAUGUGCAUGUCAGCCCAUUAUGUCCAGCAGAAGUAUCCAGUUCAAGAAACUCACCGAAGGAAAUGUUGAGAGUCCAACAUUAUCCGAUGAACCUGAUUUCCCUGACAGUAGUCCAGUAGAGAAGAAUCUCGAUGGAGGAGAGAGUGAAACAAAUGGAAGUGAAUCUUUGCAAAAUACUCAAUGUUUCUGUGGUGUUAAGCAGAAACUGGCAUAUGCCACAUCUUCACCAAGUCUCCUUGACAUCAAGCGCAAAAUCAAUGAUAAUGACUAUGUGUCCCUGCAAGAGUUCAACUAUGACAUGCUCAAGAUUAUCAAUACGGUGUCAUGUGAUGAUCUUGUGACGGCCUACAAGGAGAUUCUCAGUGAAACAUUUCCCUGGUUUCAGAAUGAAACAAAAGCCUGUACUGAUGCUCUUGAAGAGGAUAUGUACGAUUCCUGUGAUUUUACCACAAAUCCUGAGACUAUGACCAUGGAAUGUGAUCAAAUGGUGCCCAGUGUGGAUAUUCCGGAGGAUGGUGAUGAGUAUUUCUAUGGGCAGUAUGAGAGAGUUGAUGAACGUAUUUGUCUGUUUUGCAAGCAAAUGGGCGAACAGAUAAAAUGGCAAGAGGGUAGAUUGCUGUACUGUGGACAGAAUUCUUGGGUACAUACAAAUUGUGCACUAUGGUCAGCAGAGGUGUUUGAAGAGAUUGAUGGAUCACUGCAAAAUGUUCACAGUGCCGUGUCGCGUGGGAGAAUGAUAAAGUGCACAGAGUGUGGGAAUAAAGGGGCAACAGUUGGGUGCAAUGUUAAGAAUUGUGGUGAACAUUUUCACUAUCCGUGUGCACGAUCGGCCAAAUGUGUCUUCAUGUCAGACAAAACUGUCUAUUGUCCGAGGCAUGAGGGUGAAAGUAGUAAGAAAAAGUGCCAUCCUGAGGGGGAUUUUGAUGUACAUCGACCGGUUUAUGUGGAAUUGGAUCGAAGGAGGAAGAAAUCUGUUGAACCUGGAAAAGUGCAAUUUGCCAUUGGAUCCCUAGCUGUACGGAAUAUUGGACGAUUUGUGCCAAUUUUGUCUGACUUGACUGAUGUGAUAGUUCCAAGUGAUUUUUUAUGUACUCGAUUGUAUUGGAGUACUAAGGAACCGUGGAAGAUUGUUGAGUACACCAUUAGAACUUCGAUACAGUGUAGUUCAUCGAAUCACUGUACGGAUUUGGGAAAAAAUUUCACAGUUGAUCAUUCAUCGCAUGCUCAGAUCAUUCAAAAGGGAUUGAGUCAAAUUGCCAAGUGGCAUAGUAGCUUGAGCAGUGGAGAUGAAAAUGGAGAUCAUUCGAGGGGUGAUACGAAGGUGAAACAAAAUUUUGAAGCCAUGGGCAAUAAUGCUGAGGAGCAAAAUGAUGAAGAACCACAGAGCAAUGCUGAUCUUCUGCCACCGGAAAUUAAAGAAGCUAUCUUUGAAGAUUUACCUCAUGAUAUCUUGGAUGGUAUAUCAAUGUUGGAUAUCUUUCCGAAAUUAAUGACAUAUGAGGAUCUCGUGGCGAUGGAUUCAAAGAGUGAAAUUUAUUUUGGUGGUGAAUUGAUUAAGGAUGCAAAGGAGUACAUUUCGGAGGAGGAUAUUAAUAAUCAACCAAUGGAGGGUUGGAGUAAUUCAUCGGCUGUGGCUCAUGUUGAAGAUCCACUAAUAUCAGCUUCACGUCCAAUGUCCACAACAAUGUCCAAAGAGCUGAAACGGAGUAAAUCCGAAGUAUUUUCACGGGGUGUCAGUGGAAAUCGCAAUCAUCAGAGAUCAUCGAGUUUGACGUGGAAUUGCAAGGUGGAUCAGAGUUCAGUAGUGUCUAAACGGCGGAAAGUGUCAAUGUUGCAGGAAUUGAGAUUGCCUGAGAGUGUUUUUCGAUCACUGGGCAGACCAGAUAUCAAAGCAGCGGCUACGAGUGGUGAUCGGAAAAUUACGUGGAGUGCAAAGAAAUUGGUGCAGAUUGACAGUGAAAAUAGCCAAGAUGGUACUAGUGAAAAAAAGUCAGUGGAGAAAUUGAAAAUUUCUCAAUUGGAUGGUAUGGAUGAUAUAAGUAGUGGAAGUGAGAGUGGAUCACCAGGACCACAGUAUGCUGCUGGUCAUCACAUUUUGACAUUUGAUCAGACUUGUGGUGACAAUCCGGUGAAAUGUGACCGUUGCCAUUGCACAUAUCGCACUCAAGAUUCAUUUCAGCGACAUCUAAUGACAUGUGAACCCAUGUCAACCAGUGAAUCAGAAUCUGAAGCCAAUCCCCAUACACCCGAAGCUGAAGUGGCAUCAAUAGCACCAAAUAAUUUGUUAACAGUCACCGUGUCAGAUAUGUGCAAUUCCUCAACAAUUUCCACCAUUCAACCACAAAAUAUAAUGCAGAAUUUUAGUGGUCAAAUACUCAGUGGUGGAAAUAUGAAUGGUAUUCAGACAAUACCCAAUCAAGGUGGAAAUACCAUCACCAUACCAAGUUCACUGCAAAAUAUCAUUCCCAUUCAGGGUGGUGGUCAGAUAUCACUGCAGAAUCCCACGCAGAUACAAACGGUACCACUUAGUGGGGUGAAUCAGUUGGGUCAAAUAAAUACUGGUGGUAUGUCCAAUGUUCUCAUGACGACUACACCGCAAAAUCAACAAUUCACCCAACAACUUGGUGUUAAUAAUUUUCAGCAGCAAGUAUUUCCACUGCAAAAUAUCAGUCAAUACAAUGACAUGAAUUCCAAUUAUCUGCAAAAGACCCAGCGAAUUUUGCCACAAACAUCAACCAUUCAGCCAACAAUACAACUGUCAGGAGGACUAAAUAUUCAGAAUUUCAAUAAUUCUGGCAUCAUUCAACCAGGUGGAAAUGGUACAUCACAGCAGAUCAUUUCAAUUGGUGGCACGGGCAAUAAUUCGCAAAUAAUGACCCUAGCACCGGCACCAAUUCGUCCAAAUGGUGCACUAUCGAUGCAAACCACAACACCACAGAAGAAUCAGAUCAUUCUACCACAGCCAGCAGAUAAGGGUAUCAAGAAACAGGCCCUACCACGUCUGCAAGCAGCAACGACUGUGGUCAAGCCGAAAGGUCGUCAAACAACGACCAAAAAUCAGACAAUUCAGAUGAAAAAGAUUGUCACAAAACCCGAUGCAAGAUCCCUACAAAUUGUCAAUUCUAGCCAUUUGCCCAUCAUUCGACCACAACAAACUGUACCAACCACUACACUUGCCACUGCAGCAACCACAAAUCCCGGGGUUGUCUUUCAACCACCACAACCCAUAAUAGUUCAGCCAAUGAACAAUAAUGCAAAUCUUGUGCAGUAUGUGACGGAUAACAAUGGAAUGCAGUAUAUUGCAAUGCCAUCGGGUGAUUAUAAACAGCCUCAGACACAAUUUUUGACACCAAGUCCAAUUGUUCCAGGGGCAUUUCAGCUACAAACAGACACCAGUGGGCAGUUAGUGUUGGCCAAUACAGCAUCGGGUCUACAGGUGUUACCAUCUGGGACGAUGCAAUUGGCUCAACCGCAACAGCCUCAGGUGAUUGGUACGCUGAUUCAGCCUCAAGCCACAACAAUUCAAUGUGGCAUGAUGGCAACGGAACAAAUGGUAUUGGGCAAUACACCCACACUGGAGAUGGUACAAGAUCCAAAUUCUGGAUGUAUGUACCUAACCAGUCAACCAGUGUACUAUGGCCUUGAGACAAUUGUCCAGAAUACUGUGAUGUCAUCACAGCAAUUCGUCUCGACGGCUAUGCAGGGUGUCCUAAGUCAAAAUUCAAGUUUUUCCGCAACAACCACCCAAGUGUUUCAGGCUAGUAAAAUUGAGCCGAUUAUGGAAGUACCUGGUGGCUAUGUCGUACUCAAUAAUAUGCCCGAACAGCAACAAACACCAGCAAUAAUGCCAACACCUCAGGUGUUACCUCAAAUUCAGGCACAACCACCACAGGUCACUCAGCAAAUGAGACCCAUUUCUCCGCCCAAACCCACCGUCAAGACUGCUCCAAUUGUCAUGACCAAGGUACAACCACAAGUGAUUAACAAAGUCAUGCCAUCAUUGCCGGCAAAUGUGGUCAAUGUGGAGCAAUCGUCAAUGCCCAAGCCUCAAGCUCAACCGGUGAUUCUACCCAAAACAAUCGCCAUUGCCUCAAGUACCAGUACUCCGGUAUUCCAACAGGCAACAAUGCAACUACAAGAAACUCAACCAUGUCCAACUAAGACAAUAAUUGUCACAACACCAAAUUCAGUUCAACCAAUUCAACGGGCAGCUAAUAUAAUCAAACCCAUUGCCAAGACACAUGUAAAUUCAGCCACUGUUAAGCCCAAAAUAAUCACAAAACCCGUGGCUGGAAGGACAUCGGUAAAUCGUCCUAAAGCUGGUACAUUUACCAUGAAGCCAACUCCUGCAACACCCAUUAAUCAAGUGACCAAGAGUGAUUCAAUUGUGGGAGAUGUGAUUAUCACAACAGUGGCUCAGAACAAUAUGCAGAGUCAAAUGGUAUCGUCGCAGCAGUCAAAUCAGCAAAUCUUCCCAGUGGAGCAAGAGAAAGUUAACCAGAACAUCAUCCAAUUGUCAGGAAGUAGCAAUGACAGCAGUACUCCUCAAGAAAAUGUCGUUUUCACCCCGUUGAAUAGGAAUCAACAAAAUUCUCAUGUAUACCAGACAAAUUCCACACCAACUCCUCAGAUACAACUCCCUUCAGCUCCGUAUGCACCAUCUCAUCACUCAAAUGUCCCAACAAAUGUUGUCAAUCCCAUCCAACAGUGUCACUAUGGGAACAAUACGACAAAUUCAAGGCCUACUAAUCGUGUACUGCCAAUGCAGACAAUUCAAGCACGUCAAUCACCACCAACGCCACCUGAACCCAAAUGUCAAGUGGAUGAACCUGUCAUUCCGCCAAAAGUAGAAGAUAUCCCAGCCAAAGAAGAUGUCGUUAUGGCUGAUCUACCAUCGCCACAGUUAAUAAUUGCAGAGACUGAAAAAGAAGAACCACCACAAAUCCUCGAAGAGGACUUUGAAAAUGUUGAAAUACAACGAGAAAAAGAUUCAACUUCACCUACAAGUCUCAAUUUGAAAAAUCUCUUCCAAACCGAUGUACAAGCUGAUCUAUUUGAUCAAAUAAAAUCAAUGGACGAUAAAGAUGAGAGUUCAUCAGAAAGUUCAACGCCUGAGGUGAAACAGAAAAUCUGUGAGAUUCUUGUGAAUCUCGACAAGGAGGAUUGCAAUAAGAAUAAUGUCAUUGUGGAUGAUACACCGAUGAAAGAGGAAGAGGAAACAAUUGAGCAAAAAGAGAAUCUCAAUCCACUCACAACUGCAUCAGAUGAUGUCACCUUCAAACAGCCUCAACCAAGGAAUUCUUACACAAUUCAGCGUUCAUUGAAUGCCCUGCAACCACUAAAAGUUCCUCCAGGACCAAGAAUGCUCUAUGAAAUUCAGUCAGAAGAUGGAUUUCACUAUAAAUCUACUUCAAUCACUGACAUUUGGGAUAAAGUCUUUGAAUCAGUGCAAAUUGCUAGGAAAACUCAUGGACUUUCAUCCCUGCCAGAUGGUCCAUUGGCUGAUAUGAGUGGAUAUCAGAUGCUAGGACUAAAGGCCAAUGCUCUGAGGUACCUGAUUGAGCAAUUGCCGGGUGUUGAAACGUGCAAAAACUACAUUCCCAAAUACCAUGAGAGAAAAAUGAACAAGGAUACGGCACCACUCUUUCCCCAUUUUAUCGACAUUGACGACACUAAAGAGAACAUUUUUGGGGCGGCUCGAUGUGAACCCUACGGUGGACGAUCGGAAUAUGACAUGUUCAGCUGGUUGGCAUCCAGGCAUCGGAAACAACCCGCUCCUGUGACCAUUCAGCUUGACAGCGAAAUUACAAUUCCCAGGCGAGGAAGUGCUAGCAAUCUCCCCAUGGCCAUGCGAUAUAGAACACUGAAAGAGACAUCAAAGGAUUCUGUAGGAGUCUAUCGGUCCCAUAUUCAUGGACGUGGACUUUUCUGCACUAGAGACAUUGAAGCUGGUGAAAUGGUGAUUGAAUAUGCUGGUGAAUUAAUUCGUGCCACAUUGACGGACAAGAGGGAGAAUUACUAUGAGAGUAAAGGAAUUGGAUGCUACAUGUUCCGCAUUGAUGACAAUUUCGUUGUUGAUGCAACAAUGCGUGGCAAUGCAGCACGUUUUAUUAAUCAUUCUUGUGAGCCAAAUUGCUACUCAAAAGUUGUAGAUAUUCUUGGGCACAAACACAUAAUCAUCUUUGCCCUGAGACGUAUUGUUCCGGGUGAAGAAUUAACCUAUGACUACAAAUUUCCCUUUGAAGACAUUAAAAUACCCUGCUCUUGCGGAUCAAAACGUUGCCGUAAAUACUUAAAUUGAUGACCUAAGUGAGCCAUCAUUGGAACUUUUGCCGAUGAAAUUGUGUAAAAAAAAAGAAAGAGAUUAUAGUGCUUCUAUGUGUUAUUGAAAAAAAAAUCAACAAUUGUAAAUAAUUUUUUGGCAUAGGGGUUAUUAAUUAGAAUAACUAAAAAGGUAUGUGUAUAUCUUUAAGUGAAAAAUGCCCAGUAAAAAAACCCCUCCUUAUUGUAUAAUCUGGCAUGUGAAAAAAAGUAUAUAGUUGUCUUGUAAAAAAAAAUUAUAGUAAUGUAAGAAAAAGAAAUAACUGUGACGAUUUUUAGUCUAUAUUUUAGUGCUUAUAAUUUAUAAAAUAAAAAUGAGAAAUAAAAGUAUUUGUAUUUUAGAGAUUAUCAUGAUUUUUUUUUGGUUUCGAAAUGAAACUGUUUUUUUGAAAAAUAUUUUUUUAACAUUAUAUUAUUGUGACAUGUAAUAUUUCUGUGAAAUUCUCACUGAAUGAGAUUUUUUUCUUAGUUUUUUUUUGUAUAAUUUUUAAAAAAGAAAAUUAAGAGAGAAUACGCGCUUGCAAUUCAUGUUCCCAUAAAUGAUAUAUAUAGCAUUUUGCACCGAGAUUUUAAUGCGGGGAUUUUUUUUUAAAUAAUUUUUUGCAAAUGACAUCACAGGAAUAUUGUGAAUAUUUUGUAAGAGAAAAAUAAAUUAUCACAAUUUGUGAAAUGACAUCAAAUCGAUAUAAUUGUUCCUCAAUUUAUCAAUAAAACAUCAAAAUAAUGUAUCAUCACAAUAAACAAAAAAAAAGGUGCUUUCUUUUGAGAUAUUAAUUAAAAAGAAAUACAAGAGUAAUUUGUAAAUGUAUUAAUGCAACAUUGUACAUUUUAAUGGACAGAAUGGAGAUAGAAAUAAUUAUAUUAAUAAUUUCAAUGUCAAGCUUCACAUUGAACUGUACGGGGUGUGUCAACUUUAGCAAACGAGCAUUUUUAAUUCUAUUUGGAAGAACAGUGUAAAAGAAUAAAUAAAUAAAUAAAACAGAAAAUAGAAAUAAAUGCGAUUCUUAUCGACAAAAAUUAUGUCAUAUCCCCUUGUGAAGCCCUUGUCUCUUCAACAAUGAUAUUAAACUACAAUAGGCAACAAAGUAAAGGAUAAAAAAAAUUAAUAAUCUUCUAACAUCAAAUCUAUAAUAGCGAGAAUUUCAAUUGUCUCAAUGUCUGAUGAUGAACAUAGAAAAAAAAAUCAAAUUAACGAGUAAAUAGUAAAUUGCGAAGUAACUGAUUAGAUUUUGUGGUGAACAGAGUUAAAAAAAAACCUUGUAGAUGAUGAAUGCUGAGUCUGAUAUCUCACAAAUAACACCUUGACAAUAUAAUAAAGAUUGAAGAAAAAAAAUCAUAAUUAAAAGAGGCACACAUUGGUGCAAAUUGUGAUGAUGAAAAGAAGAAUAAGCUCUAUGCAAUUGACGAGAGAGAAAAAAAUCUAUCAAAACCACUCGUUUUGCACUCUAUAAAAAGAUAAAAACGUGUAAUAUAAAUUUAAAAAAAAAACAACUAUUUGUAAUGAAAGGAUGUAGAUUUAAAUAUUUCAAUUUCAUCUAUCUCUCUGUUUCCCCAACACUGCAUACAAAAUGAUUGUGUUUAAUUUGCACAAAACAUUUUCACGCUUCAAAUGAUUCUGUUGCAGUGUUCCACAAUUCUUGACUAUUAUACCAAUUAUAUUGUAAUUAUAAAAUUUGCAAUUGCAAGUUGCUAAAAAAAAAGAUAGAGAGAAAGAGAAAAAAAACACAAAAAUGUGACGAUUGUAAAAAGAAAAAUCUCGAAAGAAUAAAACCUCAAAAACUUAAUUGGUUUUACAUUUUACAAAAAAAAAAGUGAAAGAUUUUUUUUUGUAAACUGUCAGUGUUACAUAUUUCUUGCCAUAUAUAAUUUUCAUAAUUUACUUUUCUUAACACUUCGGCUGUUUGUAUUUUUUUUUUUAUUUUAAACAAUUGACCUGUAUUAAUUUUUCUUGUCUUUUUUUUAAAGCAUUAAUUAAUUUUUUUUUGUGAGAUGAAAAGUAUAGAAUUAAAAAAAAAAUAGAUGAAGAUACAAGAAUGUAAUAUCUUAUACAGGCAUGUCAACUUUUAGACAGGAAAAAAAAGAAACAAGAUAUAAUACUGUAAUUACUAAUUAUGUACAAUUUUGUAAUCUUACGGAUUCUGUUUGCAUUUGAAUCACAAUAAAAUAAAAUAAUAUAAAAUAUCAAAAA